CGUAAGGCCAGACCCUCUCAAUCGAGAGGACCGUAUAAAUCGAUGUCAGCCCUUCGCUGUCGUCCAAAUAAGUGUUGUAUCAACGGGACAAAACUACGCUGUCAAGAUGUUUUUAACUUCUGCAAUUCGAUCUGUUGUAGCGCAAACGUCCAGGCAGGUCAGGAGUCUGCACCAGUCCGCUGCCAGAGCUGGAGCUGGGGGCAUCUUUGUGCACAGAGACACACCUGACAACAACCCAGAUACUCCAUUUGAGUUCACUGUGGACAACCUGAAGAGGAUUGAUGCUAUCAUUAGUAUGUACCCAGAGGGCCACAAGCAGGCCGCCACCAUCCCCGUGUUGGACCUGGCUCAGAGACAGCAUGGAUGGCUCCCCAUCUCAGCUAUGAACAAGGUGGCCGAGGUGCUUGAGGUCCCUCCGAUGAGGAUCUAUGAGGUAGCGACGUUCUACACCAUGUUCCUGAGGCAGCCGGUGGGCAAGUACCACAUCCAGAUCUGCACUACAACUCCCUGCAUGCUUUGCGACUCCGACAGCAUCCUGGAGGCCCUCCAGAACAAACUGGGCAUCAAGGUAGGAGGGAUGACUGCAGACAAGAUGUUCUCUCUCAUAGAGGUGGAGUGUCUCGGUGCCUGUGUUAAUGCUCCUAUGGUCCAGAUCAACGACAACUACUACGAGGACCUGAGUCCUAAAGACAUUGAUCAGAUCAUUGACGAACUGAAAGCUGGACAAGUCCCUCCUCCUGGACCCAGGAACGGACGUUUCUCCUGUGAGCCAGCAGGUGGACUGACAUCUCUGUCUGAGCCUCCUCCUGGACCUGGUUUUGGUGUUAGAGCUGAUUUAUAAAACACCUGAACAACAGGACGCCCAGGCAUAACUUCACUAAGGUGUUCAAAGUGUAUGAACUUAAUAAUAAUAAUAAUGUAAAUAAAAUGUCCAUUUAAUUGUG